GCGGCGGAGCCGGGCGCUGCUCCGGGCGGCGGGGGCUGCGCGCCGGCGGGCGGCGGCGGCUCCGUGCCCGUCCUCUUCUGCUUCUCGGUUUUCGCGCGGCCCUCCAGUGUGCCCCACGGCGCCGGCUACGAGCUGCUGAUCCAGAAGUUCCUCAGCCUGUACGGGGACCAGAUAGACAUGCACCGCAAGUUCGUGGUGCAGCUCUUCGCCGAGGAGUGGAGCCAGUACAUCGACCUGCCGAAGGGCUUCCUGGUCAACGAGCGCUGCAAGGUGCGCCUGGUCCCGCUGCAGAUCCAGAUUACUACUUUGGGGAACCUGACACCCUCAAGCACUGUUUUUUUCUGUUGUGAUAUGCAAGAACGAUUCCGGCCUGCCAUCAAAUACUUUGGGGAUAUCAUCAGCGUGGGCCAACGACUGCUCCAAGGUGCACGGCUCUUGGGUAUUCCAGUUAUUGUCACUGAACAGUAUCCCAAAGGUCUUGGCAGCACUGUGCAAGAAAUUGAUUURACAGGAGCUAAACUUGUGCUUCCCAAGACAAAAUUUUCAAUGGUGUUGCCAGAAGUUGAAGCAGCGUUAGCAGAGAUACCUGGAGUCCGCAGYGUUGUCCUGUUUGGAGUAGAAACUCAUGUCUGCAUCCAACAAACAGCGUUGGAAUUAAUUGGCAGAGGUCUGGAAGUUCAUAUUGUAGCUGAUGCCACCUCAUCAAGAAGUAUGAUGGACAGAAUGUUUGCUCUUGAGCGUCUUGCUCGUACUGGAAUUAUAGUUACUACUAGUGAAGCAAUAUUGCUGCAGCUGGUAGCUGAUAAAGAACAUCCAAAAUUCAAAGAAAUCCAAAAUCUCAUUAARGCUAGUGCCCCUGAGUCUGGGCUCCUUUCCAAAGUUUAAAGCAGUCAUGGAGGAAGCAGAUCUCAUUGUCAUCUUUAAAGAGGAAGGAAAGCUAUAAGCGCACAUAUACACCUUCUUUUGCUCAAAGUUUAGUAGGAGUAUAAAAAUAAAAAUUGACAUAGUUGUGCUUGCCUUAGCAAAAUUGUCUGAUUAUAUGUCUGGGUGCCAGUUUGUUCUGUUUAGUUACGGCUGUCUGAGGUUUUGGGUACUAUAGGACCCUUCUGUUGUCCAAUUUCUUUAUUUAUUUAAAAAAAGAACUAACAGAGGUGCCCUGCUAGUCCAUACUAUACACUGAUUGUAAGAGCUCCAGGAAACGCAUAUUACUGUGACACCUCUUGAUUGUGCGCUUUGCAAGUGUUCUGUGAUGUCCUGCUUUACUUUUGUAUUAAUAGAAGAUAAUUACAUAUUGGGUAAAUGUGAUGUGAUAUGCUUUAAUGUUCUAUGUAAAUGAAAUAUUUUAUUAGGGCAUAAAUUUAAACCAAGUAAGAUAUAUGAACUACAUGUGCGCUUUUGUUCUCUAGGAUAAAAUUUAAGCACUUUGCUUCAUAGACAAGACACAUAAAUCAAGCAGCAACUGAUGUUCGAUUGCCCUAGGUAGCUGAAGUCUGCAUCAUGACUUUUGAUUAUACUAAAAUUGACUGCCCAAGGCUGUAUUUUACUUAAAACUGUCAUGUAAUGAGUUCUUUAUAAACAACUGGUGUAAACUCCUUCAGAACUUGCAAAUAUUACCAAAGCUUUAAAUUGGAGAUGUCAAGGAUGUUUAAGAAUGAGAACUUUACAGGUUCAAGUGCUAAAUUUACUGAUAUGUUUAGAUUUAUUUUGCUUUAUUUUAGCCCUAGUUUUGUUAGAUUGUGUAUUUCUAUCCAAUUUACUCAAGAGGGCUCUGGAAGAAGGCUCAGCUUCUCUGGGUUUUUGUGCUAUUUCUGUGGGCUGCAGUUGGGUGGAGUUUGAAUAGAAUGUGGCCUAAAAGCAUUCUUCAUCUUUAACAUAAUGAUAUAUAUUUUUUCUAUCUAGAACUAAGCUUUUAACAUGUGAUUGUUCAUAAAGGCACUUCCUUCAUGUUCUAGGGGAUUAAACAAUGUUGUAUAAAGUUUACAGUGUGCCUGAGACAUUUAUUUUUUUAAAAGAGUACUAGAAGAUGUCAUACUAAUACUGAUCUUUUUGGURGAAAACCUGUUAAARAACAUAUAUUGUUUAAAAUUGCUUAUUUUCCCCACAAGAUGGCUCUAAAAGAAUUGUUUCAUAAAAAAAAUUGUUUCAAUUAUUUCAUAUAACCUUUAUAUGUUCAAAUCAAAUAAAGAGUUAACA